UAAGAAAAAUCCAGCAAAAAUGGGUGACGUAAAUAAAGAUGCUGUUGAAAAAUACCUGGAGAACAAUCCUCAGUUUGCCAAGGAGUAUUUUGACCGAAAAAUGAGGGCAGAAGUGCUGGGAAGUAUCUUUAAAGUGAACCCUGGAGAUGUGAAGGAAGGAGUCAGCUUCAAAGACAUGUCUCGUCUGGAGGAAAGCAACAUACUUUUUGAGUUGAUAACAGAAAUCCAAGAUGAAGCAGGUGUUAUGGAAAAGAUAGUGCACAAGGCCCUGCAGAGGCUGGCACAGCUGCUGGCAGCUGAUCGGUGUAGUAUGUUUCUUUGUCGUUCCCGAAAUGGUAUUCCAGAGGUAGCCACCAGGCUUUUGGAUGUCACUCCAACUUCCAACUAUGAGGACAAUUUGGUAAAACCAGAAAAUGAGACUGUUCUUCCUCUGGACAUCGGGAUAGUGGGAUGGACUGCUCAUACCAAGAAGUUUUUUAAUGUACCUGAUGUGACAAAGAACAACCAUUUUUCUGACUUGCUGGACAAAAAAACUGGUUAUAAAACAGUCAAUAUGUUGGCAACUCCAAUUACACAGGGUAAAGAGGUGCUUGCUGUUCUGAUGGCACUCAACAAAUUAAAUGCCCCUGAGUUCUCAAAAGAGGAUGAAGAGGUAUUUAAAAAAUACCUCAAUUUUGUGUCUUUGGUCAUAAGAAAUCAUCACACAUCGUAUCUCUACAAUAUUGAAUCACGAAGAAGUCAGAUGCUUUUGUGGUCUGCCAACAAAGUAUUUGAAGAGCUAACAGAUAUAGAGCGGCAGUUUCACAAAGCACUGUACACUAUUCGAAUGUAUCUGAAUUGUGAAAGAUACUCCAUUGGUCUGCUGGACAUGACUAAAGAGAAGGAGUUCUAUGAUGAGUGGCCAAUCCGGCUGGGGGAGGCAGAGCCAUACAAAGGCCCCAAGACACCUGAUGGACGAGAAGUUAACUUUUAUAAGAUUAUUGACUAUCUUUUAUAUGGACAAGAAGAAAUCAAAGUCAUUCCGUCACCUCCAGCAGAUCACUGGUGUCUUAUCAGUGGAUUGCCAACAUACGUUGCUGAAAAUGGACUUAUUUGUAACAUGAUGAAUGCGCCAGAAGAUGAAUACUUCACAUUUCAGAAAGGACCAGUGGAUGAGUCCGGAUGGGUUGUUAAAAAUGUCCUGUCAUUGCCUAUUGUCAACAAAAAAGAAGAAAUUGUGGGAGUUGCAACAUUUUACAAUAGGAAAGAUGGAAAGCCUUUUGAUGAGUAUGAUGAACAGAUCAUUGAAACUCUCACACAGUUCCUAGGGUGGUCUGUUUUAAAUACUGACACUUAUGACAAAAUGAACAAGCUUGAAAACAGGAAAGACAUUGCUCAGGAAAUGCUUAUGUACCAGACAAAGGCCACUCCUGCUGAAGUUGAAUCUAUCCUGAAAUACAAGGAGAAAUUAAAUGUAAAUAGUUUGGAUGAAUGUGAUCAAAAGGAUCUCGUCAGGAUUUUGAAAGAAGAAUUACCUGAUCCAAAAGAUUUAGAACUGUAUGAAUUUCGCUUCAGUGACUUUCCUGUUACAGAGCAUGGCCUGAUAACUUGUGGAAUACGACUGUUCUUUGAGAUAAAUGUUGUUGAAAAGUUCAAAGUCCCAGCUGAGGUUCUUACGAGAUGGAUGUACACAGUCAGGAAGGGUUAUCGAGAUAUCACUUACCAUAACUGGAGACAUGGAUUCAAUGUGGGACAAACAAUGUUUACUCUACUGAUGACAGGUAAAAUAAAGAAAUACUAUACUGAUCUAGAAGCCUUUGCCAUGGUUGCUGCUGCUUUCUGCCAUGACAUUGAUCACAGAGGGACCAAUAACUUGUAUCAAAUGAAGUCAGCUGCUCCACUGGCAAAACUUCAUGGCUCUUCCAUUUUAGAAAGGCAUCAUCUAGAGUACAGUAAAACCCUGCUGCAAGAUGAGAGUUUAAACAUCUUCCAGAACCUAAAUAAGCGCCAGUUUGAAACCGUCCUACACUUAUUUGAAGUUGCAAUAAUAGCAACUGACUUGGCUUUGUAUUUCAAGAAAAGAACUAUGUUCCAAAAGAUUGUGGAUGCAAUCGAAAAAAUGGAAACAGAAGAGCAGGCAAUUAAGUAUAUAUCUAUUGACCCAACAAAAAAAGAAGUCAUCAUGGCUAUGAUGAUGACUGGAUGUGACCUGUCUGCAAUAACCAAGCCUUGGGAAGUGCAGAGUAAGGUUGCCCUCAUGGUUGCGAACGAAUUCUGGGAGCAAGGUGACCUGGAACGAACUGUGCUACAGCAACAACCUAUUCCUAUGAUGGACAGAAACAAAGGAGAUGAACUACCUAAGCUCCAAGUUGGUUUCAUAGAUUUUGUGUGUACAUUUGUGUACAAGGAAUUCUCAAGGUUUCACAAGGAAAUUACACCUAUGUUUGAUGGUCUUCAAAACAACAGGGUUGAAUGGAAAACACGAGCUGAUGAAUAUGACGAGAAGAUGAAAGCUAUUGAGGAACAAAAGAAAAAGGAAGAAGAAGCAGCUGCCCAAAAAGCAGAAAAUCCAGGUGGAGGUGAAGAAGGAAAAUCCAAAACAUGUGUAGUUUUGUAAUUCUUUGUCUCAAACUGUUCCUGCUACAGAAAAGACAUCUAGAAAGAACGUCAAUGAACCCCAGUGGAUUUCUGCUUUGCAUAGAAUAGUAUAGCUUGAUCUCUUAACAAUCCUCUUAAAACAUUUGCCAUUUGUUGGAAAUAAUUUUUAAUGAAGUAAAAAAAUGGUUACAAUUAAAAACUGAAAAUAAUA